AUGGGUGCUCAAAUAUGCCCAAAUGCUUAGAAUAAUUCCCAAAAUGAAAUUACUCUACAAAAUAAGCCUAAGAUUCAUAUAACUAAGCCUCCCAAGAAUCAUAAGCUAUAACCGAUAAUUAAUUUGCAUUUUCCUGAUGAGAUUAUGGAUAUUCAAAGGGAAAGAUAAUAUUCGAUUCCCUAACAGUCCUCUUAGGAUUAAAGCACUUCGAAAUAGGAGGUUAAUGAAAAUAAAAUUGAACCUUUACAAUAAUUGGAAAGAAUCAACCUAAAUCCCUAAGACAAUCAAAAUGAAUAAUAAAAUGAUUCAAGAGACGAUUCAAAUAGCGCACUGCUUGAAGUAAAAUAUAAACCGAUACUUAAACAUCCUCCAAGUCCAAGGAAUUGUCAAAAUGAUGGAGAAUCUCAAAAAUCAGUUAAAAAAGUCACAUUUGAUAAAAAGUAGAGAGUGAUUUACAGUAACUUCAGAAAACCUAACUAAUGA